AGCUGGUUUCUAAAUAAAAUCUUAGCAUAUACAUAAUUGGUACCUACCUCCAUAUGAGUCUGUGACUUCCACAGGUAAUACGGUACAUUAAUAACAGGCAUUAUUUCAUGGAUUAUGUCAUACAGUGGAGAUUGUAAAGUAUUCCCGUCGCACCGUACCAUCAAUGGCAUUAAAAGCUUAAAGUCCCCCCACACAACUCCGAUAAGAUAAAGCUUCGCCCAACAACGGAAAUUUUACCUAUUUCGUAGCUUCUCGACCCGAAUCUUCACUUAUCUUUUCCGCACACGCGAUUAUCACGUGUUGAAGCGUAUCCUGACUGCACUUGUGCUCCUAUAACACCAGGCAAUUCUGAGAGCCCCGACUGAAAGUGGAUGGCUCCUUAAGAAACAAUGGUCCGAAUCAAGGAGCGUUACCUCCUAGUGAAUAUCCUCUACCCGAAUGAACUUGGCAGUCGAUCUGAUCUCCCUGAUGUUGUACUUAUCAACCAGCCUACGACCGACCAGCUCAACGCCGCAGGUCUCCUUAGGGGCAUACGUGCCGAGGUCGCCAGUUUGUUUGGCGACUACGGCUCGGGGCUUAUCGAAGGCGGAAACUUAGGAGGUGAUUAAAUACUUCUCUCACGCCACC